AUGACUCCUUCAACCAUAUCAUCUUCAAAUAAUGUCCCUCGGACUUCAGAUAUAGAAUUACCUGAAUCUUAUACAUCAUUACCUCAACCUCAAUCACAAACACAAUCACAAGUUCCUGUCAUAAAUCCAAAUUUGGCUAAAAGAGUUCAUCGUGAAGUAAGAUUUGGUAAUUAUAUCCUUGGUUCUACUUUAGGUGAAGGUGAAUUUGGUAAAGUCAAAUUAGGUUGGAGAAAAGAUGGUAAAUUCCCCAAUCAAGUGGCUAUAAAAUUAAUAAAACGUUCAACUAUAUUAAAGGAUUCUGAUAGUGAAGUUAAAAUUCAUCGUGAAAUAAAUUCUUUAAAACUUUUAAAUCAUCCCAAUAUCGUUAAUUUAGUCGAAGUUAUGAAAAGUGGGAAAUAUAUCGGUAUAGUAUUAGAAUAUGCUUCUGGUGGUGAAUUAUUCGAUUAUAUCUUACAUCAUAAAUAUUUAAAAGAAAAUGUGGCUAAAAAAUUAUUUGCUCAAUUAGUUAGUGGAGUUGAUUAUAUGCAUUCAAAGGGUUUAAUUCAUCGUGAUUUAAAAUUAGAAAAUUUAUUAUUAGAUAAACAUAAAAAUGUUAUUAUAUCAGAUUUUGGAUUUGUCAAUUCUUAUAAUAAAGAUAAAAAUGAUUUCAUGAAAACAAGUUGUGGUUCUCCAUGUUAUGCAGCUCCAGAAUUGGUUUUAACUCAAUCUCCUUAUGAAGGUAGAAAAGUGGAUAUUUGGUCUCUUGGAGUUAUAUUAUAUGCCAUGUUAUCAGGUUAUUUACCCUUCGAUGAUGAUCCUGAAAAUGAAGAUGGUUCAGAUAUUGUGAAAUUAUAUCAUUAUAUUUGUAAAACUCCUUUAACUUUCCCUGAAUAUGUUUCUCCUUUAGCAAGAGAUUUAUUAAGAAAAAUCAUUGUCCCAGAUCCAAAAAGAAGAAUUAAUUUAAAUGAAAUUAGAAAUCAUCCUUGGUUAAGUCCUUAUGCUAAUUUAUUAUCGAUUAGACAACCGGAAUGGGAUAAAAUUCAUAAAGAUAAUCAAGUUUCAUCAUUAUCAUCCCCUGCUUCUCAUAUCACUCCAUCAUCUAAAUUAAAUCAAAAUAAGAGAUUCUCAAUGAUAAAUGAAAGAACUAAUUCUUCAGCUUUAAUCAUCUCAACUGCAUUCGAUUCCAAUGUUUCAUCUGUUUCUACCGUUGGUGGUCAUGGAAGAUCUUAUUCUUCAACCAGUAUUACUCAAUUAUAUUCAUCUCCAUCUAUUUCAUCAUCAUUAGCAAAUGCAGUAGCAUUACCAAAACAAGACCCAUCCAACAUUACUGGAGGUACUAGUGUUGAUGAUUCAAGUAUUCAAUCAAGAUCAUCAUCUCCAACUAAAUCAUCUCGUGGUCAUACCAAAUCUGCAUCUGUAUCAAAUUCAUAUUCUUCAGCAAGUAUAGCUCUUAAGGCCGUGGUAAAAGAAAAUAAUUCAAGAUCUUCAUUUGAUUCUCUUCAACAACCUAUAUUUACUCCACCUCCAACUACUUCUAAACAUCCUCAUUUUGCAAACUCUAUGAAUAUUCAAAGAUCAACCACAUAUACUGGAACUGCUAUUUCAACCAUUGUUGAAAGUCCAACUAAACCAGUUUCUAAUGUUAAUAAUAUGGAUGAAUCAAUAUCUACUCCUGCACCUCCAUUAUCAGCUAAUCCUCCAUCAUCAAGGGAUUCAAAUAGAUUACCUCAUGCCACCAAGAAACCAAGACCAACUUCUUAUCAUCCAUCAUCAAUGUCAUCAUCUUUAAUGGCUAAUAAUAAUUCUGGUUCUUCAACUGCAUUAUUAGAUUAUAUCAAAAUCCCAACUGGUUUACCAAUUCCUCAAUUCUUAUCAUCAUCUCCAACUAAAUCAAUUGCACCAUCUGAACAUCUUAUUGGUCAUUCUGAUUCGAUAAGUCCAUUAGGAAAAUCUCCAAAGACUUCUACUGCAUCAAGAAGAAAUUCAGUAGUUACUCAUGUUCACGUUAAUGGCGUGUUAAGCAGUGAUAGUAUGAAUGCUUCUAUGCAAUCCCCAGAUUAUAAUAAGAGAAAUUCAGUAUUAAGUUAUUUGGAAGAUAAAAUUGAUACUUUGGAAUUAACUGAACUGCAUAGUCCGGUAAAGAAUAAUUUCAUGAGUGAAUCAGUUACACCUCAAAUUAAUCAACAACCUAUAUUUGAUACUCAAUCUAGUUCACCAGUGGUUCAAGUUAAAGAUGAAUUUAAAGAAAAGAUUGAUGAUAAUGAAAUAGCACCAACUCCUAUUGAAACGGAAAUCGUCAAAUCAAGUCCUAGUCCAAUCCAAGUCACUUCUAUCAAAGAUAAUUCUAAAGAGAAGGAUUUAGAAAAUUCAGUUGAAAUGGUUCAAGAGAAAUCUCUGGAAACAGUUGAUAAAGUUGAAGAAGUUUCUAAAAUUGUUACCAAAUCAGAUGUUAAGAAACCAUCAAGUAGAGAAUCUACACCACCUAUUAGAGUCAGAGAAGAUUCUAAUAAAGAGAAUAGAGAUGUUAAGGAAGCUAAGAAACGUAAUAGAUUCAGUUUAUUAUCAUUCUAUAGUACUUAUAAUUCAUCAACCUCCAAUAUUUCAACUUUGCAUACCACCUCACCAUCAACUACUACCUCCAACAAUACUAAUAAUAAGAAAGUGUUAGAACCAUCUGAUAUUAAUAUUGCUAAUACCCCAUACAAAGAUCAACAAAAAAGAGUUCAUUCAGGAUCAUCGGCUCAUUCAAAAAGAUCAACCAUCACAGCCGGCUCAUCAUCAGCUUCAUCUAGAGAUAGUAAUAAAGAAGCAAGUGCUGCUAAAAAAGUAAUGGAUUUCUUCAAAAGAAGAAGUGUUAGAAUUGGUUAA